CGACUCUUUUUUUUUUCCUACACUCUGCAAUCAUCUUUUUUGUUUGGACUCACACGCGCUUUCCCAUCUUAAUAUUAUAAGCAAAAAAAAAGGGUAAAAAGAAACAAAGGUGUCAUUUUUCUUGUAAAGUUUAUGAACCUUUUUGCACUGACACCGUGUUGCUGUUGCACUGUUUUUAUCUGCUCGUUUGAACACUUUUGACAGAUCAGCUGUUUUCCUUUUAUUUUUUCCUCCCAGCAACGCUUCAUUUGGGAGCUCAACCAUUGUGCAUCUCAGCUGUCUUUUCCUAAUCUUGUCUGUAACUACUUGUGAAAUACGAGAUGACCGCCGACGGACAGCCGAUAACCAACUACGAACCAGGAGCACUGGUAUUCGCCAAACUCAAAGGCUAUCCAUGGUGGCCAGCGCGGGUUGAAAAGGAUACUCAGGUCCCACCCAGAGUAUUGAAACAAAAAGCCAAAUCCAAACCGCUUAUCACAGUCCAAUUUUUCGGAACCCAGGACUACGGGUUUUUUGGUUCGGAAGCCAUCCGGCCAUUUCAUCCUGAACUUGUCAAACGCGAUUUUCAUGCCAACAAAUUCAGAGCGAAAAAUUUAAAGGACGCGGUUCGCCAAGCCCUGGAUUCUUCUGUGGCAGAUUCGCUUCCAAGUCAACGAAAUAGCUUCCACAGUGAAGACCACGGUGAAGAGACAACAAAUACCCGUCGAUCACAGAAACAUACGAGUGAAAAAAGCACCCCUUCGUCCAUACGCGUCAUCGUUUCGCACGGUCGAUCUAGUCGAUUGAAACGGCAAAAACGUGAUUUCAAUAUCAUGGAAAAGGAUGGACAAGAAUGUGAAGCCUCCACGGUGAUUCCCUCUGGCGAGAAACCAGUGAGCCCCAUUACAAUAGAGGAAACGCUUACGCGACUGAAGAAGCAACGCCCCAAUCCAAAAACACAAGAAGAACCCAACACAACGUUAAAGACUGGACCAGAGGAUCAAAGUGAUUUCAAAAAGGUAUAUCACAUCAGGCAUCGGUUGCAAAAGUUAGUGUACGGCAAGAAACAGGGCGAUAUUGCUGAACAAGAUUAUCCGGAAAUUUCAGACAUUGUCAAAGACAUUGAACAAGCUCCCAUGACCUAUAAUCUAUUGCGUGACACAAAGAUUGCUAGAGUGGUCAAAGCGGCGUGUACUUACAUUUACGAAAACGACCAUGGUUAUUCUAUCCGCGAACGAUGUCAGCAGCUCAUGAGGAAAUGGAAAUCUUUAUUUGUCGAUAACGAUGUAUGCCGCGUCCAAGCCAUUCAUGCUCCGUCAGAGACAAAGGCCUCAACGUCCACAUCAGCCUGCCAAGAGUCACAAACAACCUGCCAGCAAAUACAAGAAACCGCACAACCGGCGCCACCAUGAGCUUGCAAGAGAUGGGGUUUUUCAAUAAGGCCACAUGUCACUGUUACCCUCCCAUCUCUCAUUUUUUCUUUUUAUCCUUACUGAUCUCUCCUUCCUCCCCCCAACCUCUCCAGCCUAUUUCGAUAAGCUCUGUAACGUAGUUAUUGACUCGAUGAUCCGAAAGCUAUAUCUCUUCUAUAAUCUAUCGACCCCCUUCCCAAAAUAUUAUCCAUGACAACAACUGGAUCAUCGAUGACUCAAGAAUUUUUCAGUUUCCUUUUAUGGAAUAAGCACCUCAAAAAUUGAUGCAACCGAUCCAUUUUUGUCUGCCAUGUCGAUUUUUUUUCUUUUUCAAUCAAUAAAAUAUUGAAAAGCACUGCGUUGCUCAAAAAAAA